GCAAGUCAGUUCAGUGUUAUCGCUGACCUAUUUCUUCAUUUAGAAUAUAAAGGCAGUAUAAAAGAGCCUUCAAAAUAUAAGGUCAUCAUUCUAAUAUCUUUGUUUAAAGAAUAUUAGUGAUUAUUCUAAAAUGUCUCGCUUCGUAGUCCUCGCUAUCUUCAUCCAGGCUUGCCUGCUCCAGAUGGUUCUCAGCCAGUCAUGCGGUUCUAAUCAGUACUCAUACUCGUCCGGAUUGAGCUCACAGAGCUGCGGCUCAUACGGCGGCACCGGCACCGGACAGGUGGGCGUGUCCGGCAACAUCGACGCGUGCGGCAACACCUGCGUGACCGGCUCCGUGCCCGUGCUCGGCUCCGUGGACUUCGGCGGCUGCGUGCCCGCCUGCGGCUCCGUGUCCAUCUCCGGACAGUGUGGAUGCGGAUGCGAUUAAAUACGCCCGCCAGUGAUUUUUCUUACAUGAUUCAAAAAAAAGUAAUAUUAAGCAUGUGUUAAA